AUGAUGCACGGUGGUGCUCCAAUAAUUGUGUUGAGUCAAGGUACGAAACGUGAAAGUGGUCAUCAAGUACAGCUUGGUAAUAUAGCGGCUGCGAAGACCAUCGCGGAUGUCAUUCGUACAUGUUUGGGACCAAGGGCGAUGCUCAAAAUGCUGAUGGAUCCAAUGGGAGGAAUUGUACUGACGAAUGACGGUAAUGCAAUUCUUCGUGAGAUAAUUGUGAAGCAUCCAGCAGCCAAAUCGAUGAUCGAAAUAUCACGUACGCAAGAUGAAGAAACUGGUGAUGGAACUACGUCUGUAAUUGUACUUGCUGGUGAAGUUAUGGCACAAGCUCAGCCAUUCCUUGAUAACAAUAUGCAUCCGACCAUCAUUAUUCAGGGUUAUCGUAUGGCGCUAGAAGAUAUGAUCAAGCUAACCGAGGAUAAGUUCAGCAAAUCAAUAGAUGUGAACAAUGAUGACGAGGUAGCAAUGGUUGUUAAGUCAUGUCUCGGUACGAAAAUGCUUGCAAAAUGGAUGGAUUUAGCCGUGAAGAUAGCAUUAAAUGCAGUGAAGACGAUCAGAGUAGAGAAGCACGGACACCAAGAAAUCGACAUCAAACGAUACUGUAGAAUUGAGAAGAUACCAGGUGGAACAAUUGAGGAUUGCCGUGUUGUGAAGGGAGUUGUUCUCAAUAAAGAUGUUACUCAUGCAAAGAUGUCACGUCACAUUGAAAAACCACGAGUGAUACUGCUUGAUUGUAAUUUGGAAUAUAAGAAGGGUGAGAGUCAAACGUCGCUUGAAAUUAUGAAGGAAGAAGAUAUAAGCAAAAUUCUGGAGCAGGAAGAAGAGGCAAUCCGUAAGAUGUGCGACGACAUUAUUCGCUUGAAGCCGAACAUAGUCUUCACCGAGAAAGGGAUUUCUGAUUUGGCACAACAUUUCUUACUUAAAGCCGGUAUUACCGCUAUCAGACGUCUCAAGAAGACCGACAAUAAUAGAUUGGCUAGAGUGACGGGAGCGGCGAUCGUCAACGAUACACAAGAUUUACGUGAGGAAGAUGUGGGAACAUUAGCAGAUUUAUUUGAAAUAAAGAAGAUCGGUGACGAAUACUAUACAUUCGUUACAUCCGAAAAAACGUCGGCGGUUACUGUUGUGCUGAGAGGACCGAGUAAGGAUUUAAUCAACGAGGUGGACCGAAAUCUACAAGAUGCAUUGUGUGUUGUUCGUAAUGUGUUCGUUAAUCCAAAGCUUGUUCCUGGUGGUGGAGCCCUUGAGAUGGCACUCGCUCAUGAAUUGAAUGAACGAGCAAAAUCAAUCGAAGGUAUUCGCAAAAUGCCGUAUGUGGCGGUUUCAAAUGCGCUUGAAGUUGUGCCACGAACGUUGAUUCAAAACUGUGGUGGAUCAACAAUUCGUCAGUUAACUGCUUUAAGAGCCAAGCAUGCACAAUCGCCGAAUAAUUGGACAUGGGGUAUCGAUGGAUGUAGUGGAAAGAUUAUCGAUAUGAAAGAACUGAAUAUUUGGGAUCCGAUGUCAGUACGUUUACAAGUACUGAAAACAGCCAUUGAAACGUCGGUGAUGUUACUGCGUAUUGAUGAUAUUGUGUCAGGUACGAAGAAACGAGAUGGUGGUGAUGGACCAACUGCUGAAAUGCCGCAGUAA